AUGCCAUACUUUUGGUUUUUCCUCUUCGAGGUCUUCUUUUGCUUCGCCGUCAUCGGUGUCAAAUUGAGCAUUGCGUUCAUGCUGAACCGGAUUGCCGGCAACAGGAAAAAGUUCGUCUACACGAAUUACGGCAUCAUCGUUCUCUGUGUCAGCGUCAACCUGGCCUCUGCAUUGUACAUCAUCUUCCAAUGCAACCCUGUCGAGUAG